AUGUCUCGUGGCGUCACUGUAGGAGCAGCGAUGAUGACUGGGCUGGCAGCGCGCGUGUUGUACGGUGGCCAUGAAGUGGGAAAUAUGCUCAAGGAAGACUUCCUUUCGGGAGAAUUCGAGCGUGUGCACCCUGAUGGGCCCGCUAAGGAUCAAAUCCGCCAAAUGCUCGCUCAGAAAUACGCGCAAAACUACAAGCACAACAAUCCGAAUAUGCCGCAUUUGAUUGUCCAAACGAGUCCAGGAGCAGCUCAAUCGAGCAAUGCUCCCUCGCACUCGCCCGCGCAACCGAUUGGAAGAAGCAAGGACGACAAUCAAUAUCGCUCUUAUUCUGAUUUGAAGGCUGAGGCCGAGUACAAUGACUACGGCAUUGGCUCGCCAAAGAAGACGGACAAAAUUCAAGAAACAGAAACUUCACAGAAUUAUGUUUUCGAAGAAACGCCAGUAUCUAACCCUGUUGUAGAAACUCCACCUCCUCCAGCGCCAAAACCGGAGGCUCCAAGGAAAGUCCAGCAACAGUUUAUUUUUUUAAUCAUUUUAUGA